CGCGGGAACCAGGCGGAACACGACGCGGUCCCUUCGGUCGCGGCACACACACGUUACCGAACCGCGCGGCCACUCGACACACGCACAUCACGCGCGCGCGUCGUACGGCACAUUAACGGCACACGCAUCGGUGUUUCGCUCGCGACACACAACCGCGGGUCUCGACGUCUCCGGUCGGUUAUUUAUUCGAUUUAUACUCUCCGGUUUUUUCCGUUUUCUAGAACGUACAUCGCGAAUCUUGUGUGAUCAACAAUAUUAUUCUCAAGUCGUUUUAUACAAUACGUACUACGCACGCGACUUACGACACGAAGAAAAGGCUCCUACUGUAUCGCAAUACAUCCGCGCAGUACACGCACGUUCGUCAUCUCGGAUCGGAUAAUACAUCGUGCAAUUCUUCACGGACCACGUAUCACAGUUCAUCCGAGCAUGUUACAAGGUAUUACCAGAAGCGAACAAUCGGGCUUGCUGCCUCAUCAUCAUCAUCAUCACCACCAUCACCACCACCAACCAUUGGCCACCCACCAUGGCAUAGGAGCAGGGUCGGCUUGGCCGCCUAACCAUCAUGACGAUCUUGCACACAAAGUUGGUAACACUGCUGAUUACGAUGGUAGGAUUAUUGCAACGCGUGAAUUAGACUUGGGACACAGUGGCGUUAAUCAGCUCGGUGGAGUGUUCGUCGGUGGUAGACCGUUACCGGACUCGACGCGGCAGAAAAUUGUUGAACUAGCCCAUUCCGGAGCCAGACCUUGCGACAUAUCAAGAAUCUUACAGGUGUCCAACGGAUGCGUAUCGAAGAUCUUAGGGAGGUACUAUGAGACCGGUUCCAUCAGACCCAGGGCCAUCGGUGGUUCCAAGCCCAGAGUAGCAACAGCUGAAGUGGUGUCUAAGAUAUCUCAAUAUAAACGCGAGUGUCCGUCAAUAUUCGCAUGGGAGAUUCGUGAUCGACUGCUCCAAGAAGGCGUCUGCUCCAAUGACAACAUACCUAGCGUGUCUUCGAUCAACCGCGUGUUGCGCAAUUUGGCGGCACAAAAAGACCAACAGGCACCGGCGUCCGUGUCGCCGACCUGCAGCACGGACGCCGUGUACGACAAGCUGAGGCUGCUGAACGGUCAGGCGACAGCGGCCGGCACAUGGCCCAGACCCAAUCCUUGGUAUCCACCCGCGUCCACUGACAACCCGUUCGCUCCGUUACAGCCGACCGGCAGGCUGAGCCCGAACACCGCCAAUUGCACCGUGUUGCCCGACAUACUCGACAAAAAAGUUCUAGAUCUUGACGGAGGAAUGGGGUCUGACGAAACGUGUACGUCUAUUGGCGAUAACUCCAAUCACGACGGUUCGCUAGUGGGAUGUGCCACCAAUUCUGCCAACGAUGACGAUCAAGCGCGACUCCGACUGAAAAGAAAACUCCAGAGAAAUCGCACGUCGUUCACCAACGAUCAGAUAGACAGUUUGGAAAAAGAAUUCGAACGGACUCAUUACCCGGAUGUAUUUGCGAGAGAAAGACUCGCUGGAAAAAUUGGAUUACCGGAAGCCAGAAUACAGGUAUGGUUUUCAAAUCGACGCGCCAAAUGGCGACGAGAAGAGAAACUCCGCACCCAACGACGUCCUAAUUCCAACCAGAAUCAAUCGAUGGAUCCACAAAAUCAACAACAACAGCAGCAGCAGCAGCAACAACAACAACAGCAGCAGCAGCAACAACAACAACAGCAACAAGCGUCUCCAAACAGGAUGAACGGAUUCGCAAACAAUCCAGAUACCAACCCCAAUAUGUAUACAACCAUAGGCAACCACGACACGUUCAGCCCGAUGUCGAUGAACUUCGGCAUGCCAGGUGGCAACAACGAGAACGGGCUGUCCCUGCCCAUCAUGACCGGUCACCAUACGGUCAUGUCCGGUGGCGGGGACCAACGGGACGCGUACGGCUGCAUGUCCAGGCCGACGUACGACACGUCGCCGCCGCUGGCCAUCGGUGCCCCCGGUUAUUUAAGGCCGCCGGUGUCACCCACGUCCAACGGCAGCAGUCCGCCGGCUCACCACCAUUCGGCCGCUGCAGCCGCCGCCGCCGCCGCCGCCGCUGCUUACCAUCACCAUCCACCGCCACCACCGAUCAACGGGCACCAUUCGUCGCAUCACCAUCCUCACCACCAGUACAACAUGAACGGCUCCAACUCCACCGGUCUUAUAUCACCCGGAGUAUCUGUACCGAUCGCCGUGCCAGGACAUACGACCGACUUAUCCUCGCAGUACUGGCCCCGCUUACAGUGACAUCAGCUUGUUAAAUAACAUCGACAACAAUGAACACAAAGAAAUAUCAUUGCAAUAAAUGUAACGCUAUGCGCACAACGUACACGCACAACGUAGUAGUGAUUAUAAAUAUAAAUUGAUAAUAAUAACACGUAAGAAUAUCUUUAACUCGUAUGUAUAACUUGAUGCAGACAACGAUGGGCAAUUUUCCAAGAACCGAUAAAAAAAUUAUUAUAAUUAUUAUGCAUUAGACAAAACCGUGGUUGAUUUUAGAAAAAUAUGUUUUAUUACAUA